AAAGGUCUAUUUACACAUAACCGUUCCGUGUCCGUUCAGUAUCCACACCGUCCGUUCAGUAUCAGUGCAAAAGUAUUUACACAUAACCGUUCCGUGUCCGAUCAGUAUCCGUUGUCCGUGCCCGUUCAGUGCAGUUAAAACCUAACUACUGAACACACGCACGUUUUUUACAUUCCAUUUUUCACUGUUGUUUUGGCUUUUGGGUAUUUGAAAAAAAUUAUAAUAUGACUGGAAGUGUAGACGAAUCGCUAGAAGAUCUAGCAGUACUUGCCUUGCUACUGGAUGAAGAGGAAAAGAACAACAAACAAAAAAGGAUUUGGGUUCAUGAUUUAUGGAAAAAAAGAAAAAUUGAAGGCGAAUUUGCAACUUUGUAUGGAGAGUUGGUAGAUCACGAAACAAAAUUUUUCGAAUAUUUUCGAAUGUCACAGUACUGUUUUAAUUUAUUAUUAAGUAAAAUUGAACAUGAUAUAAAAAAACAAGAUACUUUUUGGAGACCAGCAAUAACACCAAAAGAACGAUUAGCUGUCUGUCUGAGGUUUUUAGCGACAGGAGAUUCGUUUAAGACAAUUUCCUUCAGUUACCGCCUAGGCCACGCAACAGUUUAUAAAAUAGUAAUUGACACUUGUCAAAGUAUAGUAAAAAAUUUGAUGGCUGAAGUUAUGCCUCAACCAACUAAAGAACGAUGGAAACAAAUCUUCAAUGAUUUUUGGAACGUUUGGAAUUUUCCUAACUGUUUAGGAGCGCUAGACGGCAAACAUGUCACUAUCCAAGCUCCAGCAAAUUCUGGAUCUAAUUUUUUUAACUACAAAAAAACGUUUUCAGUUGUUUUGCUAGCAUUAGUGGAUGCAAAUUACAAUUUUAUAGCAGUAGAUGUGGGUGCUUACGGUAAAAACAGCGAUGGUGGUAUAUUGGCACAUUCUAAUUUAGGAAAAUCAUUAGAAAAUGGUUCAUUAAAUAUUCCUAAUGAUGAAAUUCUACCAAAUACCAAUAUUUCUGCACCGUACGUUAUACUAGGCGACGAAGCGUUUCCACUGAAAACGUACUUAAUGAGACCGUAUCCUGGGAAGCAACUUGACGACUUGUCCAAACGAAUUUAUAACUAUCGUGUUUGUAGAACGCGGAGAGUAGUCGAAAAUUGUUUUGGAAUUCUAGUACAAAAAUUUCGUAUUUUUAACAGAAGGAUACAGUCUAAACCAGAAAAUGUGGACUAUAUUAUUUUAGCAACUUGCGUUCUUCACAACUAUAUAAAAAAAUACAGCAAUUGUACCAAUGAAGUUUUUCAAAAUAUAAAUGAACCCGUUUCAAAUAUUACUCUAAAUAAUAUACCUAUGCAAGGCGGUGGAGCUGGACGGGCAGCGUUUGCAACACGAGAAUUAUAUAAAGAUUUUUUUAAUUCUCCAGCAGGGUCUGUACCGUGGCAAAAUGAAAAAAUUUAACAACAUAAAAACGCAUCUAUUAUUAGGUACUUACUACUAUUUAAUUUUACUGUGUAUUACGUCUUAAUAUAGGUACUUAUUAUUAUAUUAAUUCAGCAAAAAUAAUAAUUAUAAGUUAUUUUUUAACAGUUGUGUUUUUUUAAAAUUUAAUAACUUAAAGUUUUUUAAGUAAAUGACAUACUAUUGUCAUUAGCGACUAGCAGUUGUUCAUUUCAAAUGUGUACCUAUAUCAAUUAUUAAAAUAUAAUCUUGAAUAUGCUAUAAUAUGCUUGUAUUAAAUGUAUCAUUUUUACAAUUUAUUAAUUUUUUAAAUUAAAUAAUAAUUUAACUAUAAAUUCUUAAUAGUUGUUUAGUAAAAACAUGUUAUCUAUACUAAAAAAAUACAUAAUUAAGUACUAACAAAUACCACUUACCUGUUAGAUUUAUUUCAUUUCCAAUAGAAUUCCAAAUUUUGUCUUUA